UUGUUCGUAAGGUCUCGACGGGUUUAUGAAAAUUUCAUCGACUGUUUAAAUGUAUUCAAUAUUUAAAGGGAACCCAUCAAAACGUGUUGGACGUAUUUGAAGGACUUGUAAGAUGGCAAGAUAAGGAACGAGUUUCUUGUUUUUGUCAGGACAAAUCAAUAGGUGUCAGGUGUUAUCUUAAUUUCUGUUUAAUCAGGGAGGCCCUCGGGACUUUGCUCCACUGUUAUUUGUACAAAGCCUGUUUGCCCCUAAUUAAACACUUGAGACAAGGGUGUGUUGAGCUGCAUCCCAAUGGAGAACCACUGCAGGCUAUAAAGAAACACAGUCGGACCGCAUUGUGAGGUUUUUUAUUUUUGUGUUUUAUUUAAAUACAUCAGUAGAGGUACAUCCAUCUUGUCACCUGCUGGCUGAGUCUGUGUAACCUGAGAACAAAUACACACCAGGUCCCAGUACCAUCACCCCUGAAAUAUAAUCUGUCUCUGGGAACAACACAACACACAGCUUGGUUUACUUACUCCGAGCCAAUGAGACGUAUUCAAACUUUCUGUGCUAUGGUUCUCCUGGUUACUUUAUUUCUGAUCUUCUUCUACUCAACCCUGAACCUGGAGACGACCUACAGCCACAAGACGGUAACGGUGGACCCCCUGAGGCAUCCCGGCCUCCAGGUCCAUGACGGUGACGUGGAGCCACAGACCUCCAAGAAGGAGAGCGUCACCACGCCUCGUCCUGCUGACCACAGCGUGUCUGUCUCUGACGGCCUCAAACAGACCAUCGUUCAGAAUGGAGCCUACUGGAACCGUCUGCUGUACUCGGCCCUCAGGAGCCUGGACAAGGGAGGAAACGCUUUCAGACUUGACUCUGAUUGGUCUCGGUGCAGGGAGGCAAAUCAAGAGCUUCUACUGACCAACGUGCACGACUUCACCUCCUACCCGGUCUUGUUCCAGGACUUUUUGCAGGGUAUGAACUGCAGGUCCCCACCACUCCUGAUCAACCAACCCGACAAGUGCUUCUCCGGGAAAGGGAAGGGAGGCAACCAGACCUUUGUGCUUUUUGCUAUCAAGUCUACUCCUGGAAACUUUGAGCGCAGACAGGCGGUGCGGGAGACCUGGGGGCGAGAGGGGCCGUAUCAGGGUGGACUGAGAGUACACACAGUGUUUCUCCUGGGUCGCUCUCCGCCGGAUGACCCUGACCUCAGCCAGCUGCUGUCAUUCGAAGCGAGACACUUCGGGGACCUCCUGCAGUGGGACUUCCACGAAUCCUUCUUGAACCUGACGCUCAAAAUGAACACGUUCCUCCAGUGGACGCUGAAAUACUGUCCUCAUGUCUCCUUUGUUUUCAGCGGAGAUGAUGAUGUAUUUGUUAACUCGCUGGCACUGUUCAGCUACCUGCAGUCUCUGGAGCCCUCGAAAGCCUCUCAGUUGUAUGUUGGACAUAUCAUAAGCACAGCGAAUCCUCUCAGGGACCCUAAUAGCAAAUACUACAUUCCUCUGAGUUUCUAUGAGAGUCCUUACCCUGCUUAUGCUGGUGGAGGGGGCUUCCUCAUCUCUGGAGCGUUGCUGCAGCGCCUAUAUUCAGUUUCACAGGUCAUACCUUUCUUCCCCAUCGACGACGUCUACAUCGGGAUGUGUUCGAAGGCUGUGGGAAUUUCUCCUGAGGCACACGCGGGCUUCCAGACCUUCGAUGUGAAGGAGCAGGAUCGUGAGAAUCUGUGCGUACACAAAGAUCUUAUUCUGAUUCACCAGCGCUCCCCAGCGCAGAUAAAGAAGCUGUGGAAGGGCAUUCACAGCCCCUUGUUGACUUGCUGAACAGGACUGGUGACGAUUGUAGAGGGACUGCAGUGAAAUAGCAAAACUGUGGCUAAUCUGCUUUCUUCAUUGUUCCCUUCACUGACCCGUUGCACACCAAGCAUUUUAAUUGAGGGUUUUGUAUUGCCCACUCUUCACAUCUUGCAUGUAUUUUAACUUGGUAGUAAAGCGGCUUUUUAAGUUUUAA